GCGCUCGCACCUCUCCCGGCGCCUGGGCGCUCCCUGAGGCUGCAAUGGAGGUGCCUAACGUCAAGGACUUCCAGUGGAAGCGCCUGGCGCCACUGCCCAGCCGCCGGGUCUACUGCUCCCUGCUGGAGACCGGGGGCCAGGUCUAUGCCAUCGGGGGAUGUGACGACAAUGGCGUCCCCAUGGACUGCUUCGAGGUCUACUCCCCCGAGGCCGACCAGUGGACCGCCUUGCCCCGGCUGCCCACAGCCCGGGCGGGGGUGGCCGUCACCGCCCUGGGGAAGCGGAUCAUGGUGAUUGGGGGCGUGGGCACCAAUCAGCUGCCCCUGAAGGUCGUGGAGAUGUACAGCAUCGAUGAGGGCAAGUGGAAGAAGAGGAGCAUGCUGCGUGAGGCCGCCAUGGGCAUUUCUGUCACAGCCAAAGAUUACCGAGUAUAUGCGGCAGGCGGGAUGGGCCUGGACCUACGUCCACACAACCACCUCCAACACUAUGACAUGCUUAAGGACAUGUGGGUGUCCCUAGCACCCAUGCCCACCCCGAGAUAUGCUGCCACCUCCUUCCUCCGAGGCUCCAAGAUCUACGUGCUGGGGGGACGACAGUCCAAGUACGCAGUCAACGCUUUCGAGGUCUUUGACAUCGAGACUCGCUCCUGGACCAAGUUUCCCAACAUUCCCUGUAAGCGGGCCUUCUCCAGCUUUGUGACCCUGGACAACCACUUGUACAGCCUGGGAGGCCUGCGGCAAGGUCGCCUCUACCGGCAGCCCAAGUUCCUGCGGACGAUGGAUGUGUUCGACAUGGAACAGGGGGGAUGGCUGAAGAUGGAACGAUCGUUCUUCCUCAAGAAGCGGCGGGCAGAUUUUGUGGCUGGCUGUCUGAGUGGACGGGUCAUAGUGGCUGGGGGACUUGGGAAUCAACCCACUGUCCUGGAGACGGCGGAAGCAUUCCACCCAGGGAAGAACAAAUGGGAGAUCCUCCCUGCCAUGCCCACACCCCGCUGUGCCUGCUCCAGCAUAGUCAUCAAGAACUGCCUCCUUGCCGUGGGAGGUGUCAACCAGGGUCUGAGUGACGCAGUGGAGGCCCUGUGUGUCUCUGACUCCUAGCUGUCUCUGGGCUCAGUACCUUUGCCCUGGACCAUAUCACUUCACUCUUGACAUGAGGAAUGAUCUUAUCCAAGCAGUCGGGGCUACUUCGCAGAAUGACAGCUUCUGUUAGCAGCCAGUGGAGUCUGGCCUUGGGGCUCUAAGUUGACCUCUCUAUAACUCCAAAUCCUACCAAUCUCAGAAAACUGUAAGAGGCACAGAUGACUCCACCAGCUGCAGAGCUGACUCUGAAGAGAGUCUCCACUUACUGCACAGGCACAGAAAGGCACAGGAAUAUUUCCUACCUCUCCCUCCUGUGAGUCCCACCUCCCCCCACCCCCAUCUCCAGGAGGCAGGCAGAGCAGUUCUGACCGAGAGGAUAAACUGCUGUUGCUGUCUUUCCCCAGGUCUGAACUAGUUUUAAGGUUGCUUAGGAUGAAAAAUGGAGAAUGAUUGGGGGUUCCAAACCCCUUUCUUCUCCCUUGGCUUAUAUCUCUUCACCAUCUGGUGAUCAACUAUGGGCCUACCCUGGACCUCAUCUACUCAGCGAGAACUGGACAUGAAGCUAGAGGCAGCUGCCUUGGAAGGGAAGUCAGCCUCACUUGGACAGUCCAGGCCAUGGCAGGAAGAAUCCCUUCCUCUUGGGGUCCUUGGUGGGCAUGUGAUGAUGGGGAAGGAGCAGUCUCCCAGCCCUGGGUCUGCUCCCCACAUCUCUCCUAAUUCCACUUCACCUUUUGCCACCCCCUCCCCACCAGAGGCCUAGCCCUUUUGUCACCGAAGGCCCCCAGAGUGUUUCUGUGUGAAACCUUCUCAUUUACACUGUGGCAUCAAAAUCCACAAAAGAUGGAUUAAUUGCACUCUGGUUAAUAGCAGCAGCACAAUGAUUAAAAUCUAUAUUCCUAUCUUCUCUAGCACCCUGGUGUGGGGAUGGGGCAGAAGGGUGUCAUGAGGGGCAGGAAGGAGCCCAUAAAACAAUCCCUCCGGCAUUCUCAGGCUAGGUAGGACCCCCAGUGACCACCUGUUCUUGGCUGUCCCCUCCGAAGAACUCUGCCUCCUCACAGCCACCACCGGUUGCCCCACUCCCAGGAAAACAGCACAUAUUCUUCUUCUCCUGCCUGGAGACUGCAUGUUAGUCUCCCAUUCAUAACUCAUCAGCAGCUCAGUCCUUCUUAUGUCUAGUCUCAGUUCAUUCAGCCAAAGCUCAUUUUUGUCCUAUCCAAAGUAGAAAGGGUUCUUUUAGAAAACUUGAAGAAUAUGCCUCCUCUUAGCAUCUGUUUCUGACUCCCAGUUAUUUUUAAAAUAAAUGAUGAAUAAAAUGCCUGCCCUGAAGGGU